UCUCAUCCUUGACAACAAAAACGACGACGUGCUUGAUCGGUGCAAGACGUUAUCGUCUUGCUAGGGGUUUUACUGCAAUCUCAGCGAACCGAAACAGGUUUAAGGUUUCCAUUUCUCACACUCCGUUAUGCAUACUCAACCAAAAGUUUCAUUCAACCAUGCCCUCACCACCUCGUUCUCUGUAGUGUAGCCUUGUUUCUCAUCCAUGGACAUUUUCAACACCUUCCCAAUCCCCACUUUCUGCAACCCCAAAACCCUCACCUCAAAAUUCCCCCCAAACCGCAAAAAACCCACAUCCCCAUUUCACAGAACCCCGUUUCCACUCCACCUUUCACGCUCCUCCGCCAUAAAGUUUCAAACUUGGGCGCAUUCUGGCCGACCCACCAACCGCCGCAAUUCUCUGAGGAAAAAGCUCCUCCGUGAUCACAAGGUACGCCCCAAUCAGAAUCCCAACGACCCUUUUUCUGUUUCCGGUAACGGCGUUGAAGAGAGUGGGGCUGGUGUUCAGGGGGUUUCCGUUGUUGACAAUGCGAUCGAAAUUGAAAAACCAAAAUCUAAGCUUUUGAGUGAGUCUGUUUUGUGGAAUAAGUUGGAGAAUUGGGUUGAGCAGUACAAGAAAGAUAUUGAGUUUUGGGGUGUAGGGUCUGGUCCUGUGUUCACUGUUUUUCAGGAUUCCUUUGGAGGUGUCAAGAGGGUCUUUGUUGAUGAAGAGGAGAUUCUGAAGAGAAACAGGGUUAGGAAGGAUGUGAUUGGGGACUUCCCUGAAGUGAGAAAUAAAAUUCUCAAGGCUAACAACAUGGCUAGGGAGAUGGAGAGUGGGAAUAGUGUGAUUGCAAGGAAUAGUUCUGUGGCUAAGUUUGUUGCCGAAGGUGAGAAGGAGGGUGGUUUUGUUAAGGCUGUUCGAGGUUUCGUUGCUCAACCAAGGUUGCUUCCGAGGCUCUCGGGGGUUGGGAGGAAAGUGUUGUAUGUGUUGGUUGUUGUGUGGGCAGUGAAGAAGUUAUUUGCUUUUCGAGAAGGAGAUAAGGAGGUGGAGUAUACAGAAACAGAGAAGGAAAUGAUGAGGAGGAAGAUAAAGGCAAGAAAGGAGAAAGAGAAGUUGGUGAAGGGCGCUGUUGAAGUUGUUUCUAAACCUUCGGAGACACUGGCGGUGGACAUUAAAAAGCCUAAUUUAGAUAAGGAACAACUUAGGGAUAGUAUUCUGAAAGCCAAGACUUCUGUUGAUAAAAUGGUAGUGCAUGAUUCGUCUGAUAAAGUGCAAACUAGAUCCACAGAGAUGGAUUAUAAAGUUCAAGAAAUAAGAGAAAUGGCUAGGCGGGCACGAAAAAUUGAGGGAAGAGAUCAUGUUCUAGCUAACAAGGACAAAAUUGAGGGAGGAGAUCAUGUUCUAGCUAGAAGGGACAUGGAAAUGGAUGAUCCUGUGGUUGAGAAACCGUCUGAUGAUAAUAAAGUCACAAAAUCAAAGAGUGAACGAGAUGACAGUUUAAGUAAUCAUCAAAAGGAAGUUGCUAGGGAAACAGCCAAUAGUAAGGCCAUUAUGCAAUCAACUUCUGUUGAUGUGCCAGAGAACAUUGAUAAUUCAGUCCUGCGUGAGGUAGUUCCUGCAAAUAAAGGGAAUUUAUAUGCUUCGGAUCCCAUAGUUCCUGGUGACAGGGAAAUCAAGAAAAAGGAAAUAGAAUUUACUGAAAAUGAUGUGCACCUGAAGGACAGAGAAAACGACAAGCUCUCAGAUUCUUCUAUUAAUGGCUCAUCUGUGCCAAAUGAAAGUUCUGCAAAGAAGCCCAGGAUCAUACGGUCUGUUAAAGAAGCUAGGAAUUAUCUUUCGAAAAAACAUGACAAACAACAUCCUGGCACUGGCACAGAAUAUAAAAGUGAACUCACGAAAGAUAAGAUUGCUGAUUUGAAGUCUUCAAGUGUUAUUGAUUUUAAUGACCAGAAGUGCCAGAAGUUGGAGAAGAAUACAACUGUGUCUAAAAAUGACACAUUAAACGAAAUAUUGGAUUCUGUGCCUCUCAUAAAUGCUAGUCAAGAUUCUAAUCAGAAGGAUAAGGAACUAAGCCCUAUAAAUAAUGACCACAUCAAAGAUUCGGUUAUUGAACCUAGAUUGGAAGACCUUCAAAAGUAUGAGACCAUUUUAGACCAUGAAGUUAGUGACAUUGCUCCAGAGACAAGGCUAUCUGUAAGGCCAGAAAAUUGGCUGGAGAAAAACCUCAACAAAGUUGAACCCAUAAUCGAGCAAAGUAGAAGUGAGGCUUUAGAUGGAUUAUCAGAUUCUAAGCCUGCCACAAAUCCUGGUGAAGAUUCUAAUCAAAAGGAUAUGGAAUCAAGCCCUACAAAGGAUGACUAUUUCAAAGACUCUGGUGCUAAACCUGGCAUAGGAAACCUUGAUAAGUCUGAGCCCAAUUUAUACCCUAAAGUUAAUGGCAUUGCUACAGAGACAAUGCUGCCUGUAAAGCCAGAAAAUUGGCCGGACAAAAACCUCCUUGAAGUUGAGCCCAUAGUUGAGCAAAUAAGUAAUGAUGCUUUAAAUGGAUUAUCAGAUUCUAAGCCUGCCACAAAUCCUAGUGAAGAUUCUGAUCAGAAGAAUAAGGAAUUUGGCUCAACAAAGCAUGACUACCUCAAAGACACUGGCGUUAAACCUGAAAUAAGAAACCAUCAAAAGUCAGGCGCUACUUUGGACGGUGAAGUUAAGGGCAUUAAUACAGGGACCACAGAGUCUGGAAAGACAGAGAAUUGGCUGGAGAAAAACUUCCAUGAAGUUGAACCCAUAGUUAAGCAAAUUAGAGAAGGAUUUAGAAAUAACUACAUGGCUGCAAAAGAGAGAGUUAAUCAACCUUUAGAUAUACCCACCGAGAUGGAAUCACUUGGAGUUGUUGAAGAUGGUGGGGAAUUUGACUGGAUGCAGGAUGAUCAUCUUAGAGAUAUUGUCUUUCGAGUCCGUGAUAAUGAACUGUCGGGACGGGACCCAUUUUAUUUGAUGAAUGACGAAGAUAAGGAAGCAUUUUUCAGAGGUCUUGAGAAAAAAGUGGAGAAAGAAAAUAAAAAUCUUUCUUAUGUUCAUGAAUGGCUCCAUUCAAAUAUUGAAAAUCUGGAUUACGGAGAAGAUGGCAUCAGUAUAUAUGAUCCACCAGAGAAAAUCAUACCACGAUGGAAAGGGCCUCCUGUGGAGAAAGUUCCCGAGUUUCUAAAUGAAUUCCUUGAUGAAAGAAAGACUAGUUCCACUAAAAAUAUGAACCCGGUGAAGAAGGAUGAGAGUGCCUUUGCUAAAAAAUCAGUUGAUCCCUCCUCUUUACAUAAAAAGGUUAGUGGCUCUACAGCACCUAUCAAGAAGAUGAAAAAUCCAAAGACUGUUAUUGAAGGAAGUGAUGGUUCUGUUAAAGUUGGCAAAAAAUCAGGGAAGGAAUAUUGGCAACACACAAAGAAAUGGUCCCAAGGUUUUUUGGACUCUUACAAUGCUGAGACAGACCCAGAGAUAAAGUCCGUAAUGAAGGAUAUGGGGAAGGAUUUAGAUCGCUGGAUCACUGAAAAAGAAAUAGGGGAAGCAGCUGAUCUAAUGGACAAACUACCUGAUAAGAACAGGAGUUUCAUGGAAAAGAAACUCAACAAGAUUAAAAGAGAGAUGGAGUUGUUUGGACCACAAGCAGUGGUUAGCAAAUAUCGUGAAUAUGCAGAUAACGAAGAGGAAGAUUACUUGUGGUGGUUAGAUCUUUCACAUGUACUGUGCAUUGAAAUGUACACAGUUGAGGAUGGAGAGCAGAGAGUAGGACUUUAUUCAUUGGAGAUGGCUACAGAUCUUGAAUUGGAACCAAAGCCAUAUCAUGUAAUUGCUUUUCAAGAUCCUGGUGACUGCAAAAAUCUUUGUUACAUAAUUCAGGCUCAUAUGGAAAUGCUGGGAAAUGGCCACGCCUUUGUUGUUGCACGGCCUCCUAAGGAUGCUUUUCGAGAAGCUAAAGCAAACGGGUUUGGUGUUACGGUCAUCAAGAAAGGUGAACUUCAGCUCAAUAUAGACCAACCACUAGAAGAAGUGGAGGAACAGAUUACAGAGAUUGGCAGCAAAAUGUAUCAUGAUAUGAUGAUGAAGGAGCAAUCUGUGGAUAUAAAUUCAUUAAUGAAAGGUGCAUUUGGUUUUAGUGACCGCUCCAUCAAGAGGUUAAAGCGGAAGUUGAAGAAACCCAAAAAGGGGUGAUGGCUAUGAAACUGUCAACAAUGUGAUCAGUUGAAAAAAAAUGAAAAGUUCUCUAGCCCAAACAUUGAACACGAGCGCAUGAAUACUUUUCACAAACGCAAGGGAUUUUUCUUGCUUCCAGAACUUGUGUUGUUGACCAGAUUUUUUUAGAUUCACUAGAUGGAAGAGAACAUGUUAUCAGAAGUUUGUAAGGUUGAAGAAAAUGACGUCAUGUCUGCAUGGUAGCAUGUGGUAUUCUUCUUUGUAUAUAGCUGAGAAACAUAUAGUUAUCAACUUAUUAUCAUAUUAGAGCUCCACGUAGGCUACUGCUGAGAAUCAAAUUUUCUCCACGUUUAAAAAAAGUAAGAAGUGGGGGCUUUUUAUUUUUUAAUCCGUAGGAUUUUGCUUGUUUGCGGUUCCAUGGCAUUAAAGAUGUUUCUAUUGAUAUGUAAAAGAGAAACCAUUUUGCAAUAACUCUUUCGAUGUGGAUCAA